AUGAGAAAUUCUACGAACAUAUUUCUGGUGAAUUUGAGCAUUGCUGAUCUUAUGGUGUUAUUGGUUUGCACACCAACUGUACUGGUUGAAGUCAACUCUAAACCUGAGACUUGGGUGCUUGGAAAAGAAUUAUGUCUAGCGGUACCCUUCGUAGAGCUAACAGUUGCACACGCUUCAGUCCUCACGAUAUUAGCGAUAAGCUUCGAACGAUACUACGCCAUCUGUGAACCAUUAAGAGCAGGCUACGUGUGUACCAAAACACGAGCUACCCUCAUAUGUGCACUAGCGUGGUUCUUCGCAGCGCUCUUUACUAGCCCAAUCCUGGCAAUCGCUGAAAUUCACACCGUGACAAGACAAGACGGAACCUUCCAUCAAUGUCUUACUCAAGCUGUCACUUUUUGGCAAAUUACUUUCUUCGUCAUGGUCAUCAUUUUCCUUUACCUCCUUCCUUUAAUUAUCCUCAUAGUUCUUUAUACUGUUAUCGCCAAAAAUUUGAUAUCAGCUGCCUCAAAAGUAGUGCUAAAUAAGACUGUAGACCCAUAUAAUGCUAGGGCAAGAAAACAAGUUAUUUUAAUGCUUGGGACAGUAGUUUUGUGCUUUUUUCUAUGUUUAAUGCCUUAUAGAGUAUUAGCUCUUUGGAUUAUAGUCACUCCGUCUGAAAUUUCUGACAACGUUAGUCCAGAAAAGUGGUAUAACUUAUUAUAUUUUUCUAGAAUUAUGCUGUACAUAAAUUCCGCUAUAAAUCCUAUUUUGUACAAUUUAAUGUCGUCCAAAUUCCGUAUAGGCUUUUGUAAAGUAUGCAUAUGCUAUAAGAGAUCUUCAGAAAGAACGCAAAACAGACGAGCUCAAAGGACUGCCACCAAUGGUUCUACUACAAGCAGCAGUUUGUCUAGAACUACGAAUAGUUUGAAGAAACUAUUUAGCCACAGAAGUAGCUUGGACAAAAGCGAUACAGAAUCUGAAAGUAAAGAGACCAAAGAAGAAAAUAAUAGACUCUUUAAUAGGAUAUUUUCAAACAAACGAAUUGUUAGACAGCAAUCUGCUCCAGUAUGCUCAAAUCCGAAAACCAAAGUCAUUAACCGUAUGAGAAGUGAAGGCAGCAUGCUAGAAGACGUUCUUAGUGACAAAAGGGAGUCCAGAAGCGAUACAACGAAGUUCAUCGGACAUUCCAGAGUUAGUGCUAGAAAUAGAUCGGACAUUGAAUUAGAACAAUCUAGUCGUAACUUCUCUUUGAGGCGAAGUGUUCUUAUAAACAGUGCUAAAGCGAAAAGUGUGGAGAGUGACCCUAAUAAAAAUCCAAUUUUGGGAGUGGCGACAUUCACACACGAGAAAUAUCAAGAUGGCACUGAAGUACCUGUCUGUCUUACGCAAGCUGAUACAUUCUGGUCUGCGCUGUUCUUCAUACUCAUCAUAGCUGUCUUCUUUAUCAUACCACUGGGAGUACUCCUGGUCCUAUACAGCGUCAUUGCCAAGAACCUGAUGGAAAAUCCAAUAAUAAUAUCACAACAUGGUAAAAACGCAAACAAUGCUGGUAACGUUAUAAGAUAUCGUAAACAAGUAAUUCUAAUGCUUGGUACAGUUGUUCUAUCAUUUUUCAUAUGUCUUCUCCCUUUCAAAGCUCUCACUCUAUGGAUCAUAGUGUUCCCACCAGAGACAAUAUUGUCGUUAGGCAUAGACGGUUACUAUAUACUUUUAUAUUUUUGUAGAGUUAUGCUGUAUUUAAACUCAGCGAUAAAUCCAAUAUUGUACAAUUUGAUGUCAUCCAAAUUUAGGGAUGGGUUUGUAAAGUUAUUGAAAAUAAAUAACUUAAUGAGGUGUGGUAGGAAUUUGAGGGAAAACAUGCAAAGGAGAGAUACGUUUAACACGACAACUUCAACAGGUUUCUCUAGCAGCCAAAAUACUAGUGACUCUUUUUGGAGAAGAUAUAGUAACAGAGCAUCUUCUCAAAAGUUCUUCAUCAAUAGAGAUAGUAAGAAAUUAAAAGAGGUGAAAGAAGCUUUUGAUACAAAAGUACAACAGGUUAAAGUAGGAGAAAUUAUUAAUGUUGAAAACACUAGGCGUAAUAGUAUGAAAAUAAUCGCAGCUCUAAACGAAUUGAAUGAUAAUUUGGGUGAUAUAAUAAAUAUUGAUGACGUUAAACGUAAUAGUGUCAAAGUGAAUGGUAUAUAUAGUGAUGUGAAAGUUGAUGUCCAUAAUAAUAUCGAUAGUGAUGUAAGUACAGAGAACAAUAAACAAAUACAAAUAUUGAACUUAGAUGUUAAAACUAAUAAUGUUUAUUCCGUAACGUUAGACGUUAGCGAGAAGUGCGAAAGGAACAGAUUCGUCUGCGUACCGGCGCAAGAGAGUAAAAAAAUAUUUGUAUACGACUUUAAAAGUAACGAAAGUUUUGUU